UGCAAAUCUAACAGCUUCUUUUCUUAAACUCUGUGUUUUAGGUAAUAUAGAAUAUAGCUGCCCUGCCACGAAUGAAUGUGAAAUCACAAAGCGCAGACGUAAAUCCUGCCAGGCUUGCCGCUUCAUGAAGUGUUUAAAAGUGGGCAUGCUCAAAGAAGGAGUGCGUCUUGACAGAGUACAUGGAGGUCGGCAGAAGUACAAGCGCAGAAUAGAUGCGGAGAACAGCCCGUACCUGAACCCUCAGUUGGUUCAGCCAGCCAAAAAGCCAUAUAACAAGAUUGUCUCACAUUUAUUGGUGGCUGAACCGGAGAAGAUCUAUGCCAUGCCUGACCCUACUGUUCCCGACAGUGACAUCAAAGCCCUCACUACACUGUGCGACUUGGCCGAUCGAGAAUUGGUGGUUAUCAUUGGAUGGGCGAAGCAUAUUCCAGACUUAGCUUUGGAACCAAACCCUUCUGACCACCCAAGGUCAAGCACAGUUUGUCUGAGCAAAUCUCAAACAGAGGUGCGGGAAAAGACGAAGAGCAACCCUUUAAACCAUGUUCCUAUUAUUCGGAUGUUGGAAGUCUUAGACUUACCAGAUCGUUUGACCUUAGCAAUAUAUUACCACAUAAAGAACAGAGAUGCAGAUAGAUCCUUGGAUAUUUUUGAUGAGAGAUUACAUCCACUCACACGAGAAAAGGUUCCAGAGGAAUACUUCGAGCAUGAUCCUGAACACAAAGUCAUUUACAGAUUUGUUUAUACUCUUUGUAGUGCCACACAUCUAACUGCUGAAACUGCAGUAAUAACUUUGGUUUACUUAGAAAGGCUUUUAACUUAUGCUGAGAUCGACAUUUGCCCCACUAACUGGAAAAGAAUUGUUUUGGGAACCAUUCUUCUUGUCUCCGAGCUUUGGGACGAUCAGGCUGUAUGGGAUGUGGUCUACUGCCAGAUCCUCAAGGACAUUACAGCUGGGGACAU